AUGCUCAGACAAAUCCUCUCCUUGGUGGCGUUUCUCUGUGCCACCGGUGCCGUGGUGGCAAUGAUCUUCGUCAAUAUCAGCGGGUCCAGCACCAGCAGUGUUAUUCGAAGGUUCUAUUUCUCCGAGCUAGAAGGAAACUACAGGUGGACCAUGUACGGGCUCUGCCAAACAAAUGACGACGGAGUCUAUGAGUGCUCGGCACCUGCACCUGCGUACCCGUAUUCGCCGGCCGACAACUUUUCCUUCACCAACCUUCCACUGGACUUCUCCACCAACAGAGACACCUACUACUACCUACUGAGAAUCGCGUACGGGUUUUUCCUAGUGGCGCUUCUCUUCUCGGUGCUUGCCGCGAUCCUGGUGGUGGUGCCCAAAGGUGCCGCCAGCGCACGGCCUGGCUCGCCUUCGACAACGGUGCUGUUCAUGGCGUUUCUUUUCGCAACCACCGCGUGCGUGCUCAACACGGUGGCCCACGCCAAGGGAGUCCACGAAUUUGUGCGGGCCGGCUUCAGCGCCACAAUAGGAAAGGACAUGUUCAUAUGCAUGUGGGCCGGCACCGGGUUGUUGUUGUUGUGCUUCAUUUGCCUUGGGAUGCGGAGCAGGCUCGAUCGCUCGUACACGUUGCACCCCAAGGUGAACCACGCAUAG